AUGCCGUUGGGUACAAGAAGCAUACGGUUCUCAGGAACAGAGUUUAUCUUGGCUUUCUGCGAACACAAAAACCACAGAUCAGCACCGGUUCUGACAAUCAUCAACGACAACGACGAUCUGAUAACAGUUAACAUAUCUACACCAAGAGCUCCGGAUGUCAUACCGCUCACAACAAAAGUUGUCAAGGACUUCCUAACUUUUGCUCUUCCAGAGGAGGCUAUUCAGCUCUUUACGUCUAAACACAGCCUUGGCAUACACAUAACCAGUGACCAGGAGAUCUAUGUGCAAGGAUUCAACACAGCCUCUAAUUCUAUCGGCGCGUUUUUAGCUCUACCAGUGUCGCAGCUUGGUACAGAAUACACAGUUGUCACUCUCUGUGAAUCAAAUGUUUGCCUAUUCAUGAUUGUCGCCACUGAAGAUGAUACGGAUGUAACUGUCAACUUCCAUAUUGCACAAGGCAAGGUAAACUUUAACAAUGUUAACUACCAGUCAGAAGACACAUUAGAAAUCACCCUUCAAACAUAUGAUACUCUGCAGCUACAGUGCUCAGUAGAUCUGUCAGGAACGUAUGUGACAGCUACAAAACCCGUUGCAGUCUACUCUGGAUCUGACUACACUGAGGUUGAUUACUACCAACACAAUGAUGGCAAAGACAACAUAGUAGAACAAAUGCCACCAAUCACAGCUCUGGGAUCUAAGCAUGUGUUGCCACUGUUUCCAGAUCUACCCGGCACAUAUCAAAUAAAGGCUGUAAGCAUCAGUGAUAACAACUCAAUUAAUGUAAGCGGGAAAACGUAUAAACUGGAGAAAGGACAGGUUUUUCUCAGGAAAUUGAUUCCUGACAACAUACACAUUAUCACAUCUACCGAUAAAAUUUUAUUGACAGUCAUUAUCAACAAUUUUGGCUAUUAUGGAAUACAAAGGAAGACGACGGUUGAUGGCAGCUUGACGGUAGUGUACCCUGAGGAUAAACGUCAGAUUCUAAUGUCACUGGGGCGUACGUUCCGGUUUAGAGCCAUAGCUCCAGCAGGCAAAGCAUCCAUUGAAUAUAUCUGGUUUAUUAUUGUAACAGAUAAGACCUGUGAUAUCCGAGAAAGCUCCAUCGCCUCUAAAGAUAAUUUUUCAGAUUAUGGUGUUGAAAUGUUUAAUUUUCUACCAAAAAUAAAGGAGAACGUAGACAAGGACCUUGUCACGCUAACUGGUUGUCCAAUAUAUUCUGGGACAUUAUGGAUGAAGGGAAGGGAAACGGCGUGCAUGCUGCCUUGGCCAGGCAACUAUAUGUUCAAGGUGAAGGUUCUCAACAUCGUGUACAGCCACCAUUCGAGUUCAGGAGUGAUUGUCAUCGUCAAUCUGGAGACCUGGUGGGGCAGGACCUGGAUGUUGUGA